AUGGCUUUCAACACAGGGUACAUGCCACGAACGGGAAUGAUUGGCUUUUCUCCGACAAUCUACUUCAAUCCGCUACUUGGACGGGGACAAAAUUUGACUGGUGCUCAGCGACCUCCACAAACUAGUCUUUUUGUUGGAAACAUCAGCGACAAGUGCACCAACGAGUUUAUUCAGCAAAUCUUGGAGGAAUGCGGCAAAGUCUCGAACUGGAAGCGUAUAAAGGGAUCGAAUGGAAAAUUCCAGGCUUUUGGAUUUUGUGAUUUUGACGAACCAGACGGUACUCUUCGCGCUUUGCGAGUGCUGCACGAUUUUCAAAUCGGUGACAAAAAGCUAAAUCUUAGGGCUGACGAUAAAGUGCGGUCGAAGCUAGUGGAGGAGUGGAACAAGAAGCAAAUUCUCUCAGGAAAGCCACCAUUCAGUUCAACGCUGGGAUUGAAAGAGUUGCCCCACGAUGAGGAAGCACUGAAGAUUGAUGAAGAGGUGCGUCUAAAGGUGUUAAACAUGAUUGAGAAGGAUCAUCCCGAGCUGCUGAUCGUUGAAGAUGGUGAACUCUCCGAUAAAGAGAAGGAUAAAAAGAGCAAAGACGACCGGCGCAAAAAUGAUGACCGGAAGGAUCGUGCGCGUCGACACAGCCGCAGUCGAAGUGUCUCUCGAUCGAGGAGCCCGCGAAGGCGCCGGUCUCGUACUCCAAGAAACAAAAAGCGUCGCCAAUCUUCAUCUUCGGACUCGGAUUCGAGAUCACGUUCGGGCUCUCGGUCCUCUCGGUCUUCUAGCCGGUCAACUAAUUAUGACAAGAAAAGAAGAAGCCGCUCGCGAAGCGCCGAUACGCAAGAUUCCGAGGAUGCAAGGGAAAAGAAACAGCUCAAAAAGCAACUCAAGGAAAAAGAGAUGGCCUAUGUGAAUCGACUGAAGAAAUGGGAAGUCCGAGAAAGAAGAAUGGCUCGUUCUUACGAGAAAGAGGAGUCCAAAGAGCAACAAAGACGACGAGAUGUGCAAAAAGAAGCCAAGAAGCUGCGCCACUUUUUGGAAGACUACGAUGAUGAAAAAGAUGAUGUUAAAUACUACAAAAGUAGUUCUUUGUUCCAACGACGUCGCGAUUACGAAAAAGAAAAAGAACAAGAUGCUCUUGAUCGGAAAAAGGAAAUUCAAGAAAUUGAGGAUCUCAAGAAACAAAUUAUUGCUGAGGGUAAAGAAGCAAUGGAUGCUGAAGAAGAGGCAAAGAAACGACACCGCAUUCAGGAAGAAGCAGCUCUUCGAAAGCUUCGCGAGGAUAGUGGUAGUCCCAAUCCACACAAACCAGCCGGUAACAAAGAAGGUGAAAGUAGUGAGGAGAGCGAGUCAGGAAGCUCUGGAAGCGAAUCUGAAGGUGAGGAUGGUGACAAAAAGGUUAAAAUUGAACCGGAAGGAGGCUGGACCUCAACUCCCAAUAAUGAUACCGGAACUCCGAAAGAAGAUACUAAAGACAACUCGUCUAAGUGGAAAACGGCUAUCACAAUACCGUCUGGGGCGACUGCUACUGUACCGUCUAGUUCAAACAAUGGUCGGGCAUCACCAAAUGGAAAACCAUCACCUCGACCCGAUCUCUCUCAACGUCUUAAUGGAGUUUUUGGAAUGGACGACGAAGAGGAGGAAGAGCCAGUGCGGAAGAAGCUGAAGCCGUUUGAAAUUACAAAUGAAGAUCGAAUGCAGGUCUUGACACCAGAAGAACGAAAGAAAAAGGCGAAAGAGUUGAUUGACAAGAUUCCUACAGCUAAAGAUGCUUUGUUCGCAUUUAACAUCGAUUGGGCUUUCGUUGAUGCGAAGUUGAUCGAGACACGCGUGAGGCCUUGGGUGACCAGCAAGAUUCAGCAUUACAUUGGAGAGGAUGAAAGAUCGCUAGUCGAAUUUGUUUGCGAAAAGAUUCAAGCUCACGUGCAGCCUGACAGAUUGCUUCAGGAUAUGCGAUUGAUUCUCGAUGAUGAGGCGGAAACGUUUGUCGUGAAAAUGUGGAGGCUCAUUAUCUAUGAGAGCGAAAGCCGCCGUAUGGGACUUGGACCAAUCGAGAAAAAACAGCUC